GGGCCCUGGCUAGUUUCCUUUCCACCUUCCCCCACCUUCCUCUUCCGACCUCUGUUGGGCUCCUAGCUCGAUUCUAGCCCCUGCCGCAGCUGCUUCGCCGGCCUUUCCAGGAGCCAAACACCCGAAGCCGCUGUUCCCAGGAUGGUGAUUCGUGUGUAUAUUGCAUCUUCCUCUGGUUCCACGGCGAUUAAGAAGAAACAGCAAGAUGUGCUUGGUUUCUUGGAAGCCAACAAAAUAGGAUUUGAAGAAAAAGACAUUGCAGUCAAUGAAGAGAAUCGAAAGUGGAUGAGAGAAAAUGUACCUGAGAACAGGCGACCAGCUACAGGGUACCCCUUGCCGCCUCAGAUUUUUAAUGAAAGCCAGUACCGUGGGGACUAUGAUGCCUUUUUUGAAGCAAGAGAAAAUAAUGCAGUGUAUGCCUUCUUAGGAUUGACAGCACCACCUGGUUCGAAGGAAGCAGAAGCCCAGGCAAAGCAAAAGGAGCAAGACGAACCUUGAGCAUUCUGACUUAAACUUCCUGAAAAAGGAGUCUCCAUUGCUUUUAUAAAAUGGGAAAAUUAUCUUGGCUUCAAAAAAAUGGGCUUAAUAUUAAAAUAAUAGAUUAGUUGAUGUUUUGAAUACAAAUAAUCAAAAUGAAUACACGAUUAAAAUGUGAAUGUUAUGUGAGGAAAAUGGGAGAUCAACAUAAAAUUUUAAGUAGAUGUCAUGGAAUAGUAUUGUCUGCCGUACUUCAGUGAUUUUAAAAAGCAAACACCCGUCCCUUUGUUUGGUAUUAUUAUUGAAGAUUAACUGUAUCUGUAGCUCAAUUUGUUAGACAAUGAGGAAUUAUAGGAGAGAAAGAAUCUCUUCUUCUCAAAUUGCCUUAUUAAUUUUAGUGAGCAAGAAUAUGUACCUUUUUGAUGUGAUGUAAUUGUGAUUAAAAAACAGUUACAGGUGAUGUUUAUGAUGUGUCAGUUGUACUUUUCUAUGGUAAUUUUAACAUUCCCAUUCUUUUAUAGAUGAAACGUCUGUGUACUGAACCACAGGUUUUUCAGGCUUUUAUAUGUAGCCUUUCAUUGCAUAGUUCAGCAAUCAAAAUAAAUGUCCUCUCACAAGAAAGCAAUAGAUGCAUUCAGUUGACAAGUCCUUUGCUUAACUACUUACUAUGAUGGAAUCGUGUUGGUAAGUUGCUGGUCUCAGUGAAAUAUGCAUAUGCUAUGUCAUGGAGGUGAGAUGGCAAGUAAGUUUAAAAUGAUAUCCUCUGGCAAACCGUUCAGACUUUUAUUUAACUAUAAUAAAAUAGACUGGCACUCAUUACUCAAAAUUGAUAUUCCUUAGGGAGUUCCAAGGAUGAAUUGAACCCUGUUUGCUAAAAGAAAUCUUCCUGUUUCCCCCCAUUUAAAGCAACUUGUGACCAUGAUUGCUACUAUCUCUCAUGUAUCUGACUUUUUUUAAGGUUAGGCAAAUUUUGUGUGAGUACGUUAAACAGAGAGAAUUUUUUCUAUGACUAUCCCAGCAAAUAGUCAGUGCAAGUAUCAGGAAACAAAGGGGAAACUUGUAAAACAAUAAUUCUCAAGACUCCUAAAAAGACAAGAAACAUCAUUAUGGCCUAAAUCACUUACCCAGAUGCAUAUAUAUAUAUUUUAGUUCCAUGUUACUUUAUUACUAAAAGCAAACACCUUUUGCUUUAAAUUACUUUAUCAUACCAUUUGAUGUACACAGCUCUAUGCUCUGCCAAAAUCAACAUAUAAUGAAUACAUGACUUUGUUUACUGAGAUUCAAACCUGAUGCAAUGCUUUAAAAUAAACUCGGUACUUUUAAAAACAUAAUUUAUGUGGUUUUUUGUGUUUAAUAGUAGUUUUAGAUGAGUAAUAUCUUUCUGAGGGCAGAGAAAUAAAAAAAAAAAAACAAAGAAAACA